UUGGGUAGCUGUCUGUGUCUGCGUUCUGUGAUUGGCUGGUAGUCACAGCGCCCCUCCCCUACACACAUACUGUUUAUUGUGUUGCUGUGUCCCGCUCAGCUCACACAUACACAGAACUCCUCUCUCCCUCAGUCAUCAGGCUUCAGACUAAGUGCUAUGCUGAUGGUGAAGACUUAACACCAUGAAGGCCACAUAUUGUACAAGAAGGGAUUUCGGCGCCAUCUUCCUCUUUCUGAUGGUCUGUGCUUUAAUCUUUGUGCUAAGUCACAUGGACAUUCUGCAAUCUAAAAUCUACUCCAUCAUAAUCACCCCAAGAGUCUCCUCUCAUCAUAUCGUCAAUCGCAGCUUCUGCACCUUCGAGCCGCUGUCCCCUGAGGACGCCUUGGAGGAACGCCUCAUACUAGACUCCAUUGCUUGGCCUGAAACUCCACUUUUACCAUCUCCUGUUUCCUUGGAGCAGACCACUGAUCCAGCCCACAGCACCUUCACCAUCCUCCCAGGGAGGAAAGGGGGGCAGUGGCAUGUAGGGGACCAGCUGGAGGUUAUGAUACAAACCUUUGACUUCCAAGGUCGUCCCAAGAAGUCUGGGGGGGACUUCCUAAUCGCCCGUCUGCACAACCGGAAGCUUGAAGCAGGUGUGGCUGGGAAAGUUGUGGAUCAUUUGAAUGGGAGCUACUCUGCGGUGUUCUCUUUAGUGUGGGAAGGAUACGCACAGAUUGAGGUGACUCUGGUUCAUUCUAGUGAAGCUGUCUCAGUGCUGGACAGGCUGAACAGAGAACAGCCCGACAGGAUUUACUUCAAGAGCCUCUUCCGCUCAGGCUCUCUCUCUGAAACCACCAUCUGUAACGUCUGCCUCCGGCCAACCCAACAGCCGGUGUGUAACUACACUGACCUCCGUACAGGCGAGUCUUGGUUCUGCUACAAGCCAAAGAACCUGAGCUGUGAUACCAGGAUCAACCACUUCAGCGGAGGAGUCAUACAAAACCUCAAGACCAAGGAGGAGAAACUCUUUCAGAGGGGCGUUAACCUGAAAGUCUCCAUUCAGGGUAGAGGACCUUCCAACGUCGUUGUGUUGCCAAAAGAGGAUGGUCAACUGAACGUGAAAACAAGCUCAUCUGUACCAUCUGGUUAUUACUACCAGGGUGUGUGGCAGACACUAGGAGGCCCCACAGUAUCCCAGUUGAACAGGUCUGCAAUCACACAGUGUCUGAAAGGCAAAGUCGUCCACAUGUAUGGAGACUCCACAAUCAGGCAGUGGUUCGAAUUCCUUGAUGCAGCUCUACCAGGUCUUAAGGAGUUUGACUUACACACCCCGCUACGAGUUGGACCUCUUAUGUCCUUAGACCAUGAAAACAACAUUAUGGUGACGUACCGUUGCCACGCUCCUCCUAUCCGUUUCGGCCACAACCCAACUAGACAGCUUCGUUACAUUGCUAAUGAGAUAGAUGACUUGAUCGGAGGCCCCAACACUGUCGUAGUUGUUGGCAUUUGGGCUCACUUCUGCACUAACCCCAUUGAGAACUACAUCAGGAGGCUACAGAGCAUCCGUAGGGCGGUGGUGAAGCUGCUGGACAGGGCUCCAGAAACGCUGGUCAUCAUACGGACAGCAAAUCUCAAAGCUUUGACACUUUUCCAGACAAUUACCAACAGCGACUGGUAUUCUCUGCAGCGUGAUAAGGUGCUCAAAGCCAUGUUCAAAGGACUGAAAGUUCAUCUGAUCGAUGCCUGGGAAAUGACCCUGGCCCACCACCUGCCGCAUGACCUUCACCCACAACCUCCCAUUAUCAAGAAUAUGAUCGACCAUAUAUUGUCCUAUAUAUGUCCUCAUAAGGGCGGCUAGAUAUUUGUCCUGGUAGGAAAGGAAUGUUUGUUUUCUCUGAGUUUCAACCAACUGCUUAUAUUUUCUUUUCAUACUCUGAUAAAACGAUACAUUUCUUUAAAAAAAACUGACUGUUCAGAACAUUUUCAGGUUUAGUGUGAGUGGACAGAAAGUCUGUGACCUCUUGAACUGAGACAUUGUGUUCAUAUGAUCAGGGAACUCAAGUUUUCUUUCCUGGGUGUGAACAAAGGUUUCUCUUUCAUCUUCUCCAAUCAUACAUCACAAUGCUAGCUCUCCCUUUGGUAUGAAGAUGACCAGUGGAAUUUUUUUUUUUCCUCACAUAUUCUACAGUCAUGAAUGUUAAUAGCAUCUCUCUUUGAUGUGGAGGUGACCAGUGGGAGUGGGAGGAUUAAUUUUAAGCUGUAGAAGGAAAGCGAUGAGUAGCCUUGAUGCAUGACUUGUAUUUGUUUUUACUCUGCUCCAUAAUUGCAAGCAUUUAAUAAAGGUUCUGUUCAACGAUUUUACAUCGAUGUCGAGAAAAACCUUUUUACCACGAUGGCAACCCUGUGCCCCAGUAGUAUGCACUGGGGAACAAUUUGACAAGAGUAGCUCUCCAGGACAUUCUCACAAUGUUUGUCACGGUUUGGUCUCCCUUCCUGUUUUAGUUUGAAGUUUCACGUUCCUUGUGGUCCUGGGUUAACUUCACUUCCUGCCUUGUCUUGUGAUUGCUUGAGUGUUUCCACCUGUGUCCAAUCACCUGCACCUCCCUUGUGUAUUUAAGCCCUGUGUGCCAGUUGUUCUUUGUCGCGUCAUUGUCUACUGUCGUUCGUCGUGGGAGCACGUAUCUUUGUUGGAAUAAAGGGCACUUCGUUUCGGAAACGAAGUGCUCUUUAUGCUCUUUAUGCAGGUGAUUGGACACAGGUG